AUGACGACUCUGGUUGACGAACUCUUGAAUGACUUCGACGAUUCGAGCUCCGAGACUGGUGAACAUGAUCAAAACGGGUUCCUGGAAGACAACGUCCCGAGUGCUCAAGAUGAUGUGCCUACCAGUGCACGUACCCAUUCAACGUCCGGCAUGGAACUUGACGGCGACGAAGAAGAAAUAUCUGAUGCCGAGGAAGAACUAGCAGCGCAAAGCAAUAGCACAGACCUGAAAGAUGCGCCGGACGAAGAGGAAACCAAGGCGAGGGUGGAGAAAAUGAAACUGGGAGUUGUCAGUGAUGUCAGAAAUGUGGCCGGCUUGAUGAAGACCUUACAACCUAUACUCGAGAAAAUCGCCCACUACCAAUCUAUACCUCCGGAAAAGAGGACGACUACAGUCGGCUCCAUCGAAGACAACCCUGAGUAUAAACUCCUUACACAGUCCAACUCUCUCGCUACCUCAAUCGAUGCCGAAAUCAUCCUCGUGCAUAAAUUCAUACGAGAUCACUACUCCACCAGAUUCCCCGAACUCGAGACCCUAAUCUCAAACCCACUUGACUAUGCCAAAACCGUUGCUAUCCUCAAGAAUGGACCACUCGACAACAUCAAGGCUCUUUCGAAUUCAACCGAUAACCCCGUUGGAGCGUCCCUGAAAUCCGUACUUGACGGACCGUCCCUUAUGGUCGUCACAGUGGAAGGAACCACAACCAAAGGCCGCGAGAUGACCGAGACAGAACUCCAAACCGUCCUCCGCGCCUGCAGCAUGAUCCUCGACCUCGACCGCGCCAAAGCCAUCCUGACCUCCUACGUCCAAUCACGCAUGACACUCUUUGCACCCAAUCUAACCGUCCUCAUCGGCUCUUUAACAGCAGCGCAACUCCUCAACUUCGCCGGCGGUGUAACCGGCCUUGCCAAAACGCCCGCCUGCAACAUCCCGCCCCUCGGCUCGAAAAAGCAAACCCAAACCGGCUUCGCCACCAAUGUCGGCAUCCGCCAACAAGGCUUCCUCUACCACAGCCCCAUCAUCGCCUCGAUCCAAUCUGACCUAAAAAAGCAAGCCAUGCGAAUUGUAUCUGCAAAACUCAUCCUGGCGGCACGAGUCGACCGCGUCCACCAAUCCCCGGACGGGGCUAUGGGCCUCGACCUAAAACAGGCAUGUCUUGAACGACUAGACAAACUUACCGAACCUCCACCUAACAAGGGCCCCAGAGCGCUCCCAGCACCGGAUGACAAGCCCUCUCGGAAACGGGGCGGGAGGAGAGCGCGGAAGGCAAAAGAAGCGACCGCUAUGACGGAUCUGAGGAAACAGCAGAAUCGGAUGGCGUUUGGUAAGGAAGAAAAAGAGGUCGGGUACGGGACGGGCGAGGGCACGAAAGGGCUAGGCAUGGUGGGUCUGGAAAACGAUGGGCGUAUCAGAGCCGGGCAGAUCGAUCAGCGGACUCGAGCGAAAUUGUCCAAGAAGAAUCCUGGCUGGGGCGGCGGCGGUGGCACGGCCUCGACCGUGAAUGGGAUGGCGUCCUCGCUGCGCGGGUUUGGAUCCGCCGCAGCAGCCGGAGGUGCUGCAACGACACUGCGAGCUCAAGGCUUAAGAACAUCGGGUGUUGGCGCUGGAAAUCUAGCCGGAACGGCGAGUUCGAUUGCGUUCACGCCGGUGCAGGGCCUUGAGCUGGUGGAUCCGAAGGUCCAGGCGGAGUUGAAUAGGAAGAGGAAGGCGGAGGAGGAUCGUUGGUUCAAGGGCGGUACUUUUACGCAGGUUGGCAAUGGUGCUGGUGCUGCUGCGAAGAAUGGGGAUGCUGGCGGGUUCAAGGUGCCGCAGAUGCCGGCAAGUAAAAAGGUGAAUACGGGCGCUGGGUUGGGGAAUUCGCAAUGA